GCAGGGCAUUCCUCCAAUCCCAAGGCAGCGCUUCUGUCCAAUCAGCGAAAUCUUCACCGGGCUGUGGCGACUGAGAGAGGAGAGGGGUGGGACUUCCGUUGUCAAGGCGAAAUGCCCGGAGCUGGUGGUGGUUCGUGUGUUGGAGAGUGAGACGGAGGAGGUUGCCCUUGUGCUUGACUGGCCGCUGUUUGCGCUGCUGUUGCCGCUCUUCUAACCAGACAGUUUGUUUAUUAACUCUCUUGAAGCCACUUCUUGGAGGAGGGAUGCCCACUGAAAGUGGAAGCUGGGCAGCUGCACGCCAGACCAAGCAGAAACGCAAAUCUCACAGCCUGUCCAUAAAGAGGACCAACAGCUCAGAGCAAGAUCGCCUCGGGCUGCAGAGAGACAUGUUGGAAGGACAGGAUUCCAAGCUUCCGCCAUCCGUUCGCAAUACACUGCUGGAGCUUUUCGGGCAAAUAGAAAGAGAAUUUGAGAAUCUUUACUUGGAGAACUUGGAAUUACGUCGGGAAAUAGAUACACUGAACGAUCGCUUGGCAGUGGAAGGGCAGGCCAUAGAUGGAGCGGAAUUAAGCAAAGGACAGAUGAAAACAAAAGCUAGUCACAGUACAAGCCAGCUGUCCCAGAAAUUGAAGACAACUUACAAAGCUUCCACCAGCAAGCGCUCACAUUCUUUCCCUAGGAAAGCAGGUGGAACUCGCAGUUUCAGAAUAGGAAGAAUGGGAAGCUGGGAGUUGAGGGGUGGAGACUGGAUUGUCUCAAGCUUCAAGACCACAACAUCACGAGCUAUCUGCCAGCUAGUUAAGGAUUAUGUUGGGCACAGAGAUGGCCUUUGGGAUGUCAGUGUUACACGGACGCAGCCAGUGGUGCUGGGAACUGCUUCUGCAGAUCACACAGCAUUACUCUGGAGUAUAGAGACUGGGAAAUGCCUUAUUAAGUAUGUUGGUCACGCUGGAUCAGUGAAUUCUAUCAAGUUCCAUCCAACAGAACAGAUUGCAUUAACAGCAUCUGGAGAUCAGACAGCUCACAUCUGGCGCUACAUGGUGCAGUUACCCACUCCUCAGCCAAUGGCAGACACCAGUCAGAUUUCUGGAGAGGAAGAAGUGGACUUCUCUGAUAAAGAUGAAAAUGACGGGGAUGGGGAUGCCUCAAGUGACUGCCCCACUGUCAGAGUCCCUUUAACGGCACUUAAAAGCCAUCAGGGUGUUGUCAUAGCAGCUGACUGGCUGGUGGGAGGAAAGCAAGCAGUAACUGCAUCGUGGGACAGGACAGCAAAUUUAUACGAUGUAGAGACGUCGGAGCUCGUCCAUUCCCUUACAGGUCACGACCAGGAAUUGACCCACUGUUGUACUCACCCUACACAACGCCUGGUUGUAACAUCCUCAAGGGACACCACUUUUCGUCUGUGGGAUUUCAGAGAUCCUUCAAUACAUUCUGUGAAUGUCUUUCAGGGCCACACAGACACAGUGACAUCCGCUGUUUUCACAGUUGGCGACAACGUCGUAUCUGGCAGUGAUGAUCGCACUGUGAAGGUGUGGGAUUUAAAAAAUAUGAGGUCCCCUAUUGCAACAAUCCGAACAGACUCUGCAGUAAACAGGAUCAGCGUUUCUGUUGGCCAAAGGAUUAUAGCCCUUCCCCAUGACAACCGACAAGUUCGGUUAUUCGACAUUUCAGGAGUAAGAUUAGCGCGUCUUCCCCGCAGCAACAGACAGGGCCACCGUAGAAUGGUCUGUUGCUGUGCUUGGAGCGAAGACCACCCAACAUGUAACCUCUUUAGCUGCGGCUUCGACCGGCAGGCCAUCGGAUGGAACAUCAACAUCCCGGCGCUGCUGCAGGAAAAAUAAUCCCUGAAAAUAUGGCACUUGUGUUCUCCUUAGCCAUGAACUCUUCUUUUUCUCUCAAGCAGGUGCUCACCUUCUCCAGCCUGCCCUCAUUGUAAGGUCCCUCUGAAAAAGAGUGCAUUGUAAGCAUUGUUCUAGUUGCCACAGUCUGCAUGGUGUUUCUGUGGAAAAACAAACAAGGGGCGAGCCCCUUUUCCGAACACGUUUUGUUGCUGAAAUUCCCAGUCUGCAAAACAGAGGGGUGAGUUGGUCGCCGUGAGCACCUCCUAGUGCUCUUCGUAUACUCUUCAGCUUAGACGAGCAUUAGGCCAUUACAUUUCUGUGAAAUAAAUGUGAAAUCCAUGUAACUGUUGUGAAGGAUAUAAUAGUCUCGCGUUCAUUCAUACAUAGGCAUACCUGUCCUGUGUUUUAAGACAAACUGUUACAGAACAUACGGAAUAAUGUAAAUUUCACUUGCUGCAUAGUUCAGCAUCAUAAUCACGCACCGAGCGAGUGCGGCAGGUUCUGGUGUUACCUUUUUUUUUUUUUUUUCGUUUUUGUAUUAUUAUUUUUAUUAUAAACUUGUUUUCUAAGAACCGACUCGAGCUUCAGCAAUUUGUUUUUAUUUCAGUUUUAAAAGGAAUUAGGCCUUGUGUUAGCCAAAUUGUAGAUUUUUUUGUAUAAAAGGGGGGGGGGCAUACAAUAAAAAAUAAAAAAGACAA